UAGUCCUCCUUACCUCAUCCACCAUACAUCAAUAAUUGACUGAAAAGAUGCAUCAAAAUAUAUGUCCGAACGACAUUAAAUCUAUUAUUGUAAUAAGCCCGUUAUAAAACUACUUUUCACGACACGCUUAUCAUACUCAACACAUUCAUCAGUGUUUCUUCCGCCAGAAAUUGGAAAGUGCGUAAUAUAACUAGGCGGAAGGUUGGCUGGCGUAAGUCGCAUGCCUGGGCACCUUCAAGCCCAUAAGGGAGUCGGUAAAUGUAGGGCACUGACGUUACCCUUUUGCCCGUCGUACCAUUUUGCUUGUUUCUAAAGGUUCUGGCCGUUCUGGCUGUCUAGCAAUCUUCAUUCAACCCGGCCCUACCAAUAUAAAACCAAGGCACGACCGAGGUGACGCCAGCUAAACGUAAACCGCAACAGUAGAUCUAGCGCAGCAAAUUCAUUGUUAAGAAAAUUCAAUAAAACCUUCCUGAAUUGCGGUUCGUGUAUGUAUGUGUAAGUUUAUUGAUAUCUUAUCCAAACUUGGUGAAAUAUCGUAUUUACUAAUUCGAAACAACGAUGUCAAUCGUUACGGAGCACGGCGGAAAAGGUUACGCGCCAUUACCGCAAAGUAUGAGCAAUACGGAUACUGAGAAUGAGGAUGAGGGUGUCGAGAAAAAGUCAUGUCAAUCUACAAAGCACGAUUCAACGACGAUGCAGGGGAAUGUGAGAUUUUUCCCUCUCGACGAAUCUAAAAACCUGGCAAACAGACUGAAGAAUGGUCGAAACACUAGUUUGGGGUACUGCAGCGACGAUAUACCGAUAAUGGUUAUUGACCAGGAUGCAAACAACGACCUGUGGAAGAGACCGCACAUGUCUUUCUUACGGCAAUUAUUUUUGGCUGCUUCCAUCCUACUCUGUCUAGCAACGAUAGUCAUAUUUCUAUACGUUCUUCCCUGCAAUGAAUCUAACUCGCUACGACCAGCUAUUAAAAAUCGCCCAGCCUUACUCUGGGACAACACUCUUCAAGGCAUGGAAUUAUACGGACCCAUCCUAGUUAUUCCUGGCACCCCACGAAACCUAGUAAUGAUGUAUCGAGAACAACUAUAUGGGGACUCAGUUGGAAAAAUGCAAGGAUCAAUGGUGCCACUUCGAAAAGGUGGAGUAAUUUCGAUACACGGAGGUAAUGGUUUACUUCUUUGGGUUGUUCGGCUGUCAUACCCGCCAACAGAGAUAGUUUGCAAAAAUCUUAACAUGGAUAAAUCCAGAAAGCCAGAAACCACCUGUCUAGUCGCAGGAGAGCCAGGACUGAUCAGCAUUAAUUCAACUACUGGGUUGACGCAGUGGAGCAUUAGCGCGUCUACUCAUUCAAAGCUGCCUAUGCUUUUACCUGAUAUUGAUGGUGAUGGAAUCGCCGAUCUAUUAAGUGUUGUGAUAUCUAAGGACCAGAAGAAACAAAGUCCAGCUUUAUUCUCUGGAAAAAGUGGAUCACUGCUGGGUCAAGAACUGAAACCAGAGUGUCGUCGUGUAUUCGUUUCCAGCUUAGAUUCAAAUGAUACAAUAUCUUACCUCUGUGAUGACUCUAAUGGAAAACAAUCCACGAAAACAAUAACCCUCAAGGAGUUGUUCCCUAGGAUACAGUAUCCUGAGACCAUGGAGAAGAUAACUGAUGAACUGAACGAGUUACAAAACCCUGUUGUUCCGUCCGCGCAAAAUUCGGAUCAGCAUAUUGUGCGCCUAACUGCGUUUCACCAGCUGGGAAUAGAACAUCAAGGAACAUGUCCUGGUGAUCUUUGUCAAACAAUAAUGAACAUCACUUUUCAAAAGGACUCGAACCAGCCGCGUAUGAUUUGGAAGAGUUACGGACCAAACGCAUACGGAAUGAAGCCGGCCAUUUUCACACAGAUUAACAAUCCACUCGUGACGGGGUUUGUGAUGAAAUUCUGGCAAUGGACUCCAGAUUCACAAAUAGAUAAAAUAAACUCGAGCAUUGUGCGGCGUACGGUAAUCGAGCGAACAUUGGUAGUGAUAAUAGAUGCGGCUGAGGUUCACCCUGUAAAUGCAAGCCAGACUGAAAUCACUCAAAUAUGCGAUGGUACAAAUUGCCAGCCAAGUUUGGAGCUACAAAGCCAAUCACUCGUCGUUACCGACCUGAACGACGACGGAUCUAGAGAAUUAAUCAGCUAUCAAACUUCGUAUGAAUUUCGCGAUAAUCUGCAAUUACUCAAAUCAAAGGUCGAGUUCAUUAUGCUCGAUGCCGAGGUAGCAAAAUUAACGCAGAUUAUAAUAUCGUAAAUUGUUACAAAAUAUCGGUUCAAUGCAAUAGUCUAUCACCUGAAUUAACUACAUGCAUACAAUUAUGCUAUUUCUGUGCUUCUCAAAGUUGUUUAUUAACUUUAUCAGCACGAAAUAUGAUUCUACACGAAAUAGAUUAUAUCUUCAAAGAAUUCUGUGCAAAAAUAGUCAUUACAUUUAAUUUAAUUUUAAUUAAUACAUUAUAUUUAAAAAAAAAUUCAUAAAAUAUCGUCAAAUUUUUGUCGUAUUCAUCAAUGCAAAUCGACUGUGAUGCUUUAAAGAUGUUCUCUAGUUAUUAUAUUUUAUGAAUUUUAUUAAAAAUCGAGUGAACAUUUUGAUCCACAAGCUUUGAACGUACCUAAGUUUUUGCCGCCUUCAAUCUUUAUAGAAAAUCUGUAAUCUAAACGUUCCUAGUCACGAAUAAGUAUUAAAUACCUAUAUUUUAAUUUACCAAUAUUUCUAAUUCUUUUAUUCAACUUGACAUUGGUUUUAAAUGUGUCCUAAUUUGUAAAUGAAGAAAAUUUAAAUAAUAUAAUUAUAUACACAACUUUAAAAAUUCGA